GCCGUCGAGGUGCACGUCAUCUUUCAAAAAGCAUCUCGUUAAGAUUUCCGCCUGCUGCAAAAAGGUAAAAAAAAAAAAGAUGGAAACACACGGCGAGACGAAGGCCAAGACCCUGGACGAGCUCAUUCAAAUCCUGCAUAAAAUAUUCGCGAGUGACCGCAUCAACGUGGAGGAGGUGCAGGACGUCAUGGAGGCGUACGUGAGCAACAGGGACGACUGGAAGAUGUAUUCCAAGUUUGACAAACUAAGAUACACAAGGAACUUGGUUGACGAAGGCAACGGAAAGUUCAACCUGAUCCUCUUAUGUUGGGGGGAAGGCCAUGGCAGUAGUAUCCACGACCACUCGGACUCCCACUGCUUCAUGAAGAUGCUGCAGGGCGAGCUCAAGGAGACGCUCUUCGACUGGCCCAAAGAGGAGGGAGGCCAGAUGACCGAGAGGUCACACAAGAUCCUGAAGGAGAACACGGUGGCCUACAUAAAUGACUCCAUUGGCCUGCAUCGCGUGGAGAAUGUCAGCCACACCGAGGGCUCGGUCAGUUUGCACCUUUACAGCCCCCCCUUCCAGACGUGUCAGGUCUUUGACCAGCGCACCAGCCACAAGAGCACAGCCCAAAUGACCUUCUGGAGCAAAUAUGGAGAGAGGACUCCAUUUACUACAACAGCAACGAAGGAGAACAACUAAUGCUUUCCAGCAGAGACUCUGUAGUUUUGCUUAUAAAAGGCUUUAUUUUUUUGCCCUGUUUUUACAGAUUUUUAUUAGUUGUUUUUUAAAAAACUGCUGGUGACGAUGCAAAAUUGUUGAAAAAUCAGAGGCUACUGAUAAGUUCAAAAGGACAUCCUGCUGAUUAGGAUGGCUUUAUAGCUGCUUGGCAAUAAUGAGCUGCACAGCAUGACUCUGCAUUCAUUCUCUCUGGGCAGAACCAUGCCCGAGCUGUACAAUUUCACUACGAAAACAUUGCCUUUUUCCGGAGUUUGUUCCUUCUUUAAUGAUAUGUUCCAUAAACGGAUAGAUUGCUAUCCCAAUUUCCCUCGCAGUUGAUGACUUUUCUACUUCUUGUGAAUCGAUGUCACUCAAAAUUGUCUUUAUCUGUUUUAUUUGUAGCUACAUUCACAUACUGAAGGAGUCUUACUGAAGAAAGUAGCACUGAAAGUGACCGCUUAAUUUCUGUUCAAGAAAGAAAUGUGAUGACAAUGAACAAUAAACAUGAUUAUUCGUUCACAGAA